AUGGCUGCCACCGCUGGGCUGACCGCCGCGGCGUCGCUGUACCUGCAGUACGCGGCGCGGAUCCCUCCCUUCUCCCCGCGGUUCCAAUGGCCAUGCCAUCGAGACUUGCUUGCGUCCCAAUCCACACUUGAUGCAAUUUUAUUUGAACACUCACCACCUGGCGAGUCGACGGACGAAUAUGAUCGCUCGUUUCUCAAGCAUCUCGUAAAGCAUAUCGACACAGCUAUCGAACAUGGCACCGACGAAGAUGCAGCGUGGCUCAAUAUAGCCAAGCAAGAUUGGGCUGUAGACGAUGCUCUGCUUGAAAGAUACGUUGCUUUAGUCUCUAUGCCCGACUCAACAGCGAUCCUCGGCGCACCGGCACCCAAACCCAUUCUUUCGCGUCAUUAUUUCCCCCUACCUACCACAGCCCAACCGCCUCAUCCUCUCUUAGGGCCCUGUGGGUCGGUGGUGCUUCGCGAAGAGGGUAUGGCGAUUUCGCAGGGCACGACAGGCCUGAAAACAUGGGAAGCGAGCCUACGUCUAGCCGCGUAUCUUGUCUCGACAGGUCUGCUAUCUGGCGAAACUGAUGCUCGCAUCCUUGAGCUUGGCAGCGGUGCUGGCUUCUUAGGGCUUGUAUGUGCUCAACUUAUAUCCUGUCUCUCGCAUGGAUCGUUGUACUUGACCGACUUGGAAGGUCAAGUGCUGGAUCGUCUGAGGGAAACCGCCUCGCUAAAUCACAUUGAGCCUAUCGAGAUUCUCCCUUUGGACUGGACAGAAGUGCAAGCCAAAGAGGACCAAGCGGUUUCUUUUCUGCAAACGAUAAAUGCCACAUGCAUUCUGGCCGCCGACGUGGUCUACGAUCCAUCCUUGGUCUCCAGCUUGGCAUGUACAUUACGCACGGCGCUACUAGGACGCGAUCGGGAUCCCUGUCCUGCCUAUUUGGGCGAUCGUUCUAAGCCGUUCGCCUUGGUCUCGAGUACAAUACGCAACCCUGACACGUACUCACAGUUUUUGCAAGCGCUCACAGAUCAAAAGCUGCAAUGGCGACAGCUGGAUCCUGUUAAGCCGAAUUGGUCCUCUCUACCAGGUCUCCCUAUCUUUCCAUCGUCGCAUGACCCGACUACCGAAGGACAGGUGACCAUUAUCGAAAUUCAAUUGGUAUCACCGCGAUAG